AUGCAAAUUUUAUGCAAAAAUAUAUAUUUUUUUUUCCCAUCAUAUUUACUAUUUAUCUAAAUUUAAAUAAUUAAUUUAAAUAUAACGAAAAUAGUAUAGUUAAUAACUCUUUUAUAUUAAAAUUAAUUAUUUAUAAACAAUUAAUAGAUAAUUCAUACUUUAAAAUUGUUAAUAAGAAAACAUUAGUUCUUCAGCCACGCAGAUACUUUAUAAAUAUGGAGUCAGAAGAUCUUGACACCCAAAUAUACCAUCGCCUUCAACAAUUAAUCCAAGAAAAUGGACCAAACAAUGCUCAAAAUGGGAUUUUAAUCCUAAUCAAAUUACUUCAAAAUAUAUCUGAACACCCUGAAGAAGCCAAAUUCAGGUCAAUAAAAAAAACAAAUAAAGCUAUACAAACUAAGCUGUUGUCUCUUCGCAAUAUUAAUGACAUUUUAUAUCUUAUCGGCUAUAGAGAUAAUGGCCCUGACUAUGAAUUUUCUAGUGCAGUUGAAAUACUGGACAUUGCUCUGCCAAUCAUAGAAGUAACUUCAUCAGAAAUUAAUGAACUUUUAAAAUCUGAAGAAGAAAAAGAACGUGAAAGACAACAAAGAGCUAUCAGAGAAGAAAUGAAAGCUAAAGAAGAAGCCAAAAAAAGGCUUUUAGAUCAAGCUAGAUUAGACAGAAAAGAGACGAAUACCCACUUAUUGCCGACUCAAGAUUCAAAACCUCAAGCGAAAGGAUGUGGAAAAAAGGCAACGUGGAAUGACAUAGGCGUUGAUCUUAAUAAAAAAGGAGGAUGACGUUAG